CCUCUUCAUGCCAGCAGCUGUUACUCAGGGGUUACUCCUAACUUUAUCCUCAAGUUCUCGGUGGUCCUGUAUUUCAUUCUUCAGGUUCCCUUAGAGAUCACGGACACCCCUGGAGUCCUUUAAUCUGAAACAGCAGCAAAAAGCAUCAUGGGACAGCUGAUAUUAUGCUCUCUUGCCCUUCUUAUCAUAGCAACAGGUCCCUCACAUAUCUGGGCAUAUUCAGGAUGCGGCAAGCCUAUCAUACCAAAUCGUAUUGUUGGUGGUCAGGACUCAGAGCCGGGGGAGUUUCCAUGGCAGCUGAGCUUGAGGAGGAACGGCCUGCAUAUCUGUGGGGGUUCUCUCAUUGACAGCCAGUGGGCCGUCAGUGCUGCUCAUUGUUUUGCACAACCUUUCUCAGCCUCAGAAUUUCAAGUGAACCUUGGCGCCUACCAACUAUCAGUGCCUUCUGGGAUUUUGAUGAACGUGGAUUCCAUUCACAUCCACCCCACGUUCAAGGGGAUCGGUAACAGUGGAGACAUCGCGCUCAUCAAGCUGGCCAGUCCCGUGACAUUUACAGACUUGAUCAUGCCUGUCUGUAUUCCCACCCCGGAAGUUGUCUUUCCCAAUGGAAUAAAUUGCACUGUAACUGGAUGGGGAACCAUCAGGUACCUAGUGAACCUUCCAUAUCCAAGGACUUUACAAAAGGUCCAGGUUCCAAUAAUAGAACGUACAACCUGCGAUCAACUGUACCACGUUGACAACCCCUCGCUGCCGGCUUCUCAGAGCUUGAUCAUGUGGGAUAUGAUCUGUGCAGGGUACAAAGCUGGGGGCAAGGACGCAUGUCAGGGUGAUUCUGGAGGUCCCCUCGUCUGCCCUUGGAAUGGGUCAUGGAUUUUGGCAGGAAUAGUGAGCUGGGGCUUUGGCUGCGCUGUUCCAAACAGGCCAGGGGUCUACACCAGCGUCCCGGCCUACUCUGCAUGGCUUCAGGAAUACAUUCCUGGUUUCCAGCUAACGCCAGCACAAAUCCCACCGCCUAACCACAGUGGGACAUUGGCUUCGUCUUUGGAAAUCCUCAUAUUCUCACUGCUGCUGAACAAACUUCUUGGCUAAAUUCCUAGGAACUUCAUUAUUGGGACCUUAAUGGCACCGAUGUUACCUUCACCUCUUUCCUCCAGAUCCCGGAAUCCCUACGCCUGUUAGAAUAUUAUGUUGUGCAUCUCUGGAACCAAAUACCAAGAGAGGGACACUGAGCUGGAAGACGCAAUAUAAGAGUAUAAGGAGACUCCGCAAUAUAGAACUAUUUAUUUAUUUAAGCUAAAAUAAAAAAAAUCAGUAUUUAUAAGACAAUAAACUAAACAGACACCGGGCACCGCUAUUCUUAGAUAUAUACACAGGAUUGUUGGUGAUGCCCAUCUCCAGAUAAGCAAAAUGACCAUUAGAUUUAACUGUUGUUCAUGGAAAAUCAGCCAGUCGUAAAGGCCACUGGGAAACCUCAGGGUAAAAGAGAGACUAAAGCAUUUCCUAAAAAAUAGAACACAUCAACCUGGUGUCCCCAGUAGCUAGUCAAUAUAAAGCGAUAAAAGACACCACAUUCUGGGGAUUGGUAUUGUGUCUAAAGGUUUCCAUACAGAAGCAGAUGUCAGCUGCCGAUGUGGGUCCUUCAGAGCUUAUCUGCCCAUGUAUGGGCCUCUAAGACUGAUAUCUGGCCUAAAUUUGGGCAGGUUUGUUUUUCCCAUGUGGUCCUCAGUCUGACUGCCCGCAUACCUGCCAUUUUAAUUAUAAUCAUUCGGCCCUAUAUCACCCAACUUAGGUGGGCAUAUAGGGAGAAGAUCCUAAUGUGUAUGGCUACCUUUAGGCUUAGACGUGUUGAUCUGCAUAAAUACAGGUCAUACUGUGCUUUAUAGGCUCAUUCACAUACCAACAUGGCUACCCAACGUGUCAUUGCCGUGACUAUAACUUUAGGUACAUAGCCACUGCAGUUUGCUGUGUAAACCUGUAGUUGGUGGUUGGUGCCUCCUAGGAUGGAGCCUGCACUUGGGCAUCAGUUCUGAGGUCAGUGUAGGCCUAAUUCAGAAGACCCACAGCCAGCAUAUACCUUCCACCCAUACUUGAACCCCCCACCCAAAUUCCUACCCUAAAGAAAACCUGAAUCAUGGAGGAAAUGUCAUCAGGGGGGUGGUGGGAUGGAAGUGGGGUAUUCUGGGAAUAUCACCACCUCUUCCAGUUCUGAUGAGUUUACCCUCCUGACCUAUUUUUUAAAACUUUCUGGACGCAGGGUUUCCAGAUAACAGAUCCGUAUGCCAGUAUAUCCUCAUAAAUGGUGCUAUGUAAAGCUAUGUCACUUUUGUCACAACACAUAUGCAGCAAUAUAGGUCACUGACCUUCAAGCGGUGACUUUUGAUACUCUUUCAAUGUUAAGUAAA